AUGAUACUUGUGGAAAGGGUUGAGGAAGCGAUCAAAUCCGCGAAACAGGAGAUGAGAGAGAUGGAGGAGAGGAAGAAUCGUGGUAAGAAACGACGAAAAGGCGCGGGGAGUAGCGAUGAUGAAAUUAACGAUGACGCAGAAGAGAACAGUACAUAUCGAAAGAAAAUCAAACCAACACAAAAAAUACACAUUCGAAAUAAAGCUGCUAUGUUCAGCAAAAAGAAGAGGCAUUAG